AACAAGCGUGUAAUUGGAAGUUUUUCCUUCGUAUUAUUUACUGUUCUUGUACAGCAGGCGGUAUCUAGCACUUUUCAUGACCUCGAUAAAAAGUUCCACCUGGUCUCCGAAGCCUACCAAAUAGCGAAAUCGUUAUUUGUGCAAGGGCGUAAUAAUUACGAUCAACUGAAAAGGCGAUCUUUAACGGCCAUGGACAUGUUUUUGGAUCUUGUUGAAAUACUAAAUGAAAUGAUGGCAAAAGAGCUAAGAAGCGCUGUUGUCAAGUUUUAUAGAAUUAAGUACUUGCAUGACUUUUCUAAUUACAUAAUAAGUAUGGAAGAGACAAUGGACAUAUUAGACCACUGUCUAAUAGGGCCAGUGCAAAAGGUAAACUUCACGCGGAACCAAUUUCACGGUAUGAUAAAUAACUUCGAGGAUGUACGGCACUUCGAGACGGUGGACAAGUGCCACAAUGAACUGCCAGAUGAGGUCGCUGCUGCGCAUUGUAUACUGCAUCAAGCAGUACUUUUUAAUGAAACAAUGCAAGACAGUCUGGUAUCUAUUGUGGAAAUAAAAACAAAGCAGACCGCAAAAGAUGUAAAUUCCUCAUUUCAUGAUGUACAUAUGUGUUUAAAUAAUUUUGUUCCAAAUUUCUUUGAACAACUUCUUGUGGAUUCAUAUUCAGCUAACUGCGAAUAUUUAAGGGUAAUAAAUGCAUCGAUUGUUGACUUCAUACAGGAUAAAUGGCGUAAUAGCAAUCAAACCUUAUUUCCCAAGAAAUGGGGAAAAUUAGUCGCAAACUUAAAGGAAAAGGCAAAAUCACAAAAAAAUUACGCUCAAGAGCCAUUAUACAUGACAUUAUUUGCGGCAAACAUUUCAUCUCAAGAUAUAGUUAAAGCUUUGUAUUUAUAAAUAUGAUAAUUGAAGAAAAA